AACAACCCCACAAGGAAAGAAGGAAGUUGACAGGAAGCUAGUACAAUAACUCCGUGUUAGCUAUAGAUGCUAACGUAAAUGUCACAUAUAACAAGUAUGCUCAUUUACCUCAGUGUCCUGCAUCGAAGGUUAUCUUGAACUUGACGCUAUAAGAGCCAUGUCGCAGGGUCCAAACAUAAUCUUCUGGAUGUUAAAAAUAAUGAAGCAAACGUAAGCUGAUGUUGCGGUUAAAAAAAUGUCGAUGCUUCCGCCCUCUCUCUGUAUGUAUAUAUACACUUGCAGGCUUUCUACUUUGACUCCUAUGACGUUUAUUAUGCUAAGCUCCGUCAAACGGUAUGUAGCUCACCCCGCUAAAGUGCACAACGACGGCUCAAAUUACAAGCAUGCAUCUGAACUGACCGUCAUGGUUCCCCUUAAAGAGUCAGUGUGCCUCGUCGCUGAGCAUCAUGGGAGUUGUGGUCACUCCGCGUUCCUCGCGCGCCACCGCAGACGAAAACAACAAAACAACAGCUAAUUGACGAUAUGUUAUAUAAAACAGCUCAAUUCAUUAGAAAGCUUAAACAACACAUAAUUAAACAUAUAUUUUACCCUGCCAACUUUUACAGAAAGAACGUUUUAUAGGCGAAUUUUGAGUUAGGAUGCAGUACCGUAAGCGGCCGUUAGAGGGACCCUAGGUCAUUUCCAUAGCAACAUUACGUUGACACGUUGUGUUUUCAUAGAAGACAAGCUUCAAAUUUGUUUUGGUUUUUUUUAUCGCCAAUGGAAUCCUUGAACAGUUCAGCCUUAAAAGCAGUGGAUGACUAUUGGGAGUACACACGGAUCGUGGGUGAUGACGAUGGAGGCGAACUGUUUACACCCGAGCAAUAUGAGGAGUACAAGAGGAAAAUACUCCCACAGCGAAUACAAAACAGGCUGUAUGUGAGCUUUGGUGUACCAGGAGGAAUCGACUGCAAGCUGAUUGGUCCGGAGACGCAGUGCUUCUGUGCACAUAGAUACAAGCAGCAUAAGACAGACUUUGAGGUCAUUCCCUCCGAGAGGCCUUUGGCCCUGCCUUGUUGUGUCAGAGGAUGUCGUUGUCCUGCUUAUGAGUACGUCCCCCAUGUUGGGGGGGCACCGGUUCGCUGCAGGUGUAAACAUUUACCUCAGGAUCACACUGAAGCUGCUGGGCAUAUGUGCGAAAAGUGUGACUGUUCUGGGUUUCGGAGCCCGUAUACAUGUGGGUGUGGCCAACCCAGCUUCAAUCACCACACCAUGGUGGAAACAAAGUCCGAGAGGGAGGCACGGGGUCGUCCGGUAGGCUGGGACGUCCCUUACGCUGCGAUGGGGGGUCUGACAGGGUUCAGUUCCUUGCUGGAUGGCUAUCUCGCUUUGGGGGCUAACGGGUCAUGUCAGGAAUCAGAUGACGACAGCCAGCAGUGUUCAGCAUCAGCCUCCAGCUCCGCAUGCAGUAAGAAGACCAAAUAAGUGUUCACAUCACGGACCACCUGUUCCUGGAUAGUAAAAAUGUACUGCCAAUCGCAAAUAAAGGCCAAAAAUGUGCAGUCGUUUUGUUCUCUUGCAACCACGGUGAUUAUCCGCCGUGCCACAGAGAGCCAAUCAACAUUUAUUGUUAUCAGUGGAAUCUGUGCAAAGCCUGAACAAAGCACCAUUUGACUCUUUGGAUGAAACAAUAGAUAUUUUCUAUAGAUGUGAUCAGUGACGUAUUGUUCUCCACUAUUUAAAGUGGACUGACUGAAAUUGGACCUACUGAAAAGUAAAAAUUCUAACUGGUAGCGUUGUACCAAAGUGUGAUUAGGGAGACAUUUUUGGUCCGCAGAUUGUUUUUUAUUGCCCAUCAGUUAAGAAAUGUUAUGAA